UGUACCCAUAUUUACUAAAGUUCGUAGACGUAGACGUAGACGUAGAAGUUACGAAUGACGUAAGAUUGAAGUUACGAAUACGUAAAAUGGUAUUUACUAAGCUACUCUUAGACGUAGACGUAGGUUACGAAUUCUUAGGUGUACGAUUUAUUCGUACGCAUGCGCAAUAAUUAGUUUCACUUCAUAGAAGUGCGCGAAUUUUUUUGUUUAUCGUCUGCCGGUUUAAAACUAAAGAAAGAUGGACGCGAAGAAGCAGAGAAAGGCAAAUUUUAGCGAUGUGGAGGUGGAAGUAUUAGUGGACGCGGUGGGAACUAGCUACAAGGUUUUGUAUGGAAAGUUCUCACCGUGUCUGACUAACAACAUGAAGACAAUGGCAUGGGAGUCGGUGACAGAGAAAGUAAACGCCGUAAGUCUGCAGUGCACAAGAGGGGUAGUGGAAGUAAAAAAAAAGUGGCAAGACAUGCAGUCUGCCGUCAAGAAGAAAGAAGCUCAACGGAGGAAAAACUUGACGCAAACUGGAGGAGGGCCUUCACAGCUACCCAUGUUGAAGCCUUGGGAGGAGAAAAUAUUGCAGUUGAUUCCUCAGUCAGCCAUAUCUGGAAUUGAGGAUGGGGUGGACACCAGUGAAGUCAGGUCUUCCCCUCAGAUGUCCCAAAAACCAAGUUGCCUUGAGAUACAGCCAUUUAUUGUCACUGAGGUUCCAGCUGAAGAACUUGAAAAUCUAGACACUAAUAGUGAUGUGCCAGUUGUCUCUCAAUCUGAAGAAGAAUCUUCUUUGUCAGAACCGUCUACUUCUAAAGGAAAACGGAAAGCUCAGACAUUUAAUGAGUACAGCUACGGAUCUCGGCGCCUCAUUGAAAUUGAGGAGGAGAAGCUUUCAAUCAAAAAGCAGAGACUGGAAAUUGAAAAAGAGAGGCUCGAGAUUUUGAAGAACUUUUAUGCUUUGUUUUCUUCUUCAAAUGUUCAAUCUGUUUGUAAUCUUUUGUCUGAGUUUUAAUUAGUAAUUUCAUUUAUACUUGCUUGAAACUUCCACCCUCUGUGAGACCAAUGUUUUUUAUACCUCCGCUCCAAAGGAGAAGGGGUUAUACUGUUUUACCCUUUUGUGUCUGUCUGUCUCAUGACUGUCCUUUUGUUCAUCUGUCUGUCAGUAACGGUAAUUUCUGUCACAGUUUUUCAGCAACUAUUCAUCACAGAUGCUUGAAAUUGUAUCACACUAUUUGUUUAGGCAUGCCAGAAGUUAGGAUUUAUUUUUGUACCAAUCAGCUUUCUGUCAACUUUGCUCAUUUUGCAUAUUCACAUCAGAGCGGGGUAUUACUAGUGAAAAUUAAGCUCACAGAUAUCUUGUUCUGCCUUUUCUGACCAUUAUUACAAUUACAAUUACUUGUAUGGAAGCAGCAUUUUUAAUUUGCUGGUUAUAUUAAAUUUUAUUAUAAUUAUCCACCAUAUGGACUACAAUAUUUUUGUUUAUAUUUUAAAGAAUGUGAAAACAUUAAGUA